AUGGCCGCGCCUCGCAAGCUCCACCAGCCACAAUUCCCACGUUUCUUCCAGGCAUGCUAUGCUCAGGCACACGACAUCUUCUCCACCCUCUUCCCGGCGCUUGCUGGCCACCACCAUAGCAUCGCAUACAUAGUUGGCUCACCGCUUGCCCGGCCACCCAUCCCCGCAAUGCGCCAGCCCGUUUGCGCUCUGCUGAGUCUGCUGCUUCUCGGGCCACAGCUGGCAACGGCCGCCCCGCACGACGCAGCGCCGUCUCCGUACGAUGCAGGAACCUAUGCUUCGACCCACAAUGCGUCCCCACGACCGUGGCGGCGGCUUUCCGACGCGAUAAUACGCAAUAUCUGGCGACUGCCAGAGCAUCAAAAGAGCUUGGGUGGGCAGAGUGCGCAGACUGGCCGCGAUGCGCUGGGCGAUAAGCUGGUCGCGCAGUAUAGGGAUGAUGUCGUGUUGAGGUUCAAGAUAGGCACCGCCCAAGAAGCCUCGGCACUAGCAGAUGCGGCAGACAUCCUCUUCCUCGACGUAUGGGAGUUCAAUGAGGACUGGGCAGACUUGCGGGUAUCCAAGGACGUCGUGCCUUCCUUGUUAGGACUGCUGCCUGCAUCGCUGAAGGACUCCCACGCACCACUCCUCCAGGACAUCGGCCUCGCACAGGCAAUCUUCAACUCCUACCCAUCGCCCGACUCUACACCUGCUUCCGACAACGAUCGCUUCUCUUCAAACCUCCGGCCGUCCUCGCGAUCGGGCAAGGGCAACAUCUUCUUCCAAGACUACCAGCCACUCUCCGUCAUAAACCCAUGGAUGAGUCUGAUGGCUUCCAUGUUCACCACACACGUCCGCCGAAUCAACAUUGGAAUAAGCUACGAAGGCCGUGACAUACCCGCCCUACGUGUUGGCGUGCACCCCACAAACAACGAGGAGCCGUCCAAGCCGCGGAAGACGAUCCUCAUUACCGGCGGCAUCCACGCGCGUGAGUGGAUAUCCACAAGCACCGUAAACUACCUAGCCUGGAGCUUCAUCAACGCUUACGGCAAGGACCGUGAAAUGACUCGUCUCAUGGAGGACUUUGAUUUCGUCUUCGUCCCAACUCUAAACCCAGACGGAUACGUCUACAGUUGGGAGACCGAUCGUCUAUGGCGCAAGAACCGCCAACCCACCAGUCUUCGUUUCUGCCAUGGCAUUGACCUCGACCGCAGCUACCCUUUCAAAUGGGACGGCGCUUCUCUGCAAUCGAACCCCUGCAGCGAAUCAUAUCCUGGUAGCGCUCCGUUCGAAGGCGCAGAAUCAGCGCGUUUCGCGGAAUGGGCGAGGAACGAGACUGACAACAACAAUGUUGAAAUUGUUGGUUUCCUAGACCUGCACUCAUACUCUCAACAGAUCCUGUACCCAUAUAGUUACUCUUGCAAUGAGGAGCCCCCAGCAAUUGAGGACCUCGAAGAGCUCGCUCUUGGCCUGGCGAAAGCUAUCCGCGUGUCUCGCAAAGGGCAAACAUACAAGGUCAACUCUGCAUGCGAGGGCAAUGUUGCCUUCGCCAACCAGAAGAAGACCAUCCUUCCACGUAUCGAGUCCAGUGGCGGCAGUGCACUGGACUUUUUCUACCACGAGCUCAAGGUCAGAUACUCUUACCAGAUUAAGUUGAGAGAUACCGGCAGCUACGGUUUUUUGCUUCCUAGAGAAAACAUUAUACCCACCGGAGAGGAGAUGCUAGACGCGUUGUUGUACUUUGGCCGCUUUAUGCUGGGAGAGGUUGGUAUCAUCACCCAGGAGCAGCCAGCUCAAAUUGUAAAACCUAAGAUGGAGGACAAUGGAGAAGCAAACGAGACUGAGGUCAUGGAGUUAUAA